CCCUUACGUCAGAGGCUGACGAAAAAAUCACUGGGGAAGAGGGUUUUUUUCAGCGAUCUUCCAAGAGACCGGUACAAAUGGCUCCAAGUUCAGCGGGAAAGGGUGUCCUUAGCCUCCGGGUUACGGCGGAAGCCAACCAAGGUGGACGAAAGUACAUGGAGGACUUGAUCUGCAUCAAUUUCGAGCGCGAGCAAGGCUACGAGAUGGCCUUCUUCGCUGUGUUCGACGGGCACGGAGGCAAAGAUGCCGCCCAAUUUGCCCGCGAAAAUUUGUACGCGAACAUCAAGAAACAAAACGGAUUUUUCUCCAGGGACAACGACAAGGUUUGCAAGGCGAUCAGACAAGGGUUCCUGGAAACACACAAGGCCAUGUGGAAGAAGAUCGCUUCCUGGCCUAAGACAGUGACCGGUUUGCCUAGUACCGCCGGUACCACAGCUGCGAUGGUCCUGAUCAGGGGUUGUACCAUGUACGUGGCUCACGUGGGGGACUCUGCCAUCAUGAUGGGAAGAUACGACCUGUACUCCAACAGAGUAAAGGCUAUACCACUGACUCACGACCACAAACCAGAGCUGCCCAGCGAGCGAGAGAGAAUCGAGAGUCUGGGCGGCAAGGUCAUGAACAAGUCUGGCGUCAACAGGGUGGUGUGGCACCGCCCCAAACUCUCGCACACCGGGCCCAUCCGCCGCAGCACGCAGAUCGACUGCAUCCCGUUUCUCGCGGUGGCACGCUCGCUCGGAGACCUCUGGAGCUACGACUACGGCUCGGGAGACUACCUGGUGUCGCCUGAACCCGACAUCAGCGUACACACGGUGGACCCGAGAUCCGACAAGUUCAUCGUGCUGGCCAGCGACGGACUGUGGAACAUGAUGUCCAUGCAGGACGCCUGCAACUACGUAGUGGAGUGUGAGCAGAGGAAACAUGAAGAGAUCGGGGGCCACGUGUCCCAUAAGUUGGUUAACAAGGCGCUGAUGAGAUGGCGAUCACGGAUGCUUCGUGCUGACAACACCACAGCCAUCACCAUCUUCAUCGACCCUAUCCGCGCCGAGAAGGAAGAAUGCAAGGUCAUAUAUCCUUCCAAGACGCCGUGGAAGUGCUUAGCGGAGCAUCCCGAGCCAACCAAAAGCACACCUCCGACUGUCUCCAGACCUCCUGAAGAAAGCAAGAAGCACGAGCACAAGCGACACCACUCACACGAGCACAAGCGACAUGAACACCAGAAACACAGGCACUCGCACAGCAAGAAGGACAGGCCUCGCAGCCUGACCCCCACGCUAUUCCGACAAAACGCGGUCCUGGUUCAUCCAGAAGUGAAGAAGGAACUCAAGGCGAACUCUGACCUCCCUCCCCACGAUGACACAACAGCAAACCAACAACAACAACAACAAGGCUCAGACACAUCAGCAAACUCCAAUCACAUUCCAGAUAACAAACCAAGUUCGGAAGUACGGACCAAUCAGGACAGUGAGAAAGAAUCAGACCCAACAGCAAAAGAAGAUAGUCCCUCUAAGGACAAUGUCGAAAACGACAUCACUAAAGCGGCCUGCUCCAGACCAGGGGUGUCCCACAACAGGAAAAGGGCUCACCCCGAAGACGGUCUAGCUACCGGAGAAACCGGUUCCCCGGCGAAGAAAUCUAGAGCUGGUAUGGGCGGGGCCGAGAUAAAAAAGGGGCGGAGCUUGAGAUCCAGAGUGUUCUCCUUCCACGGUAGACCAGUGAAGUGUAGUCCGAUGAAGGACAGUCCUCAAAAACCAACCAAGAAAACUCCACUGAAGUCUUCACAACGAAAGCUGACACCACGAAAAACCUAGGAGUAUUGCACAACAACAACUACUGCUAUGCAGGUUAUUGAGAAAAGUUGUGCUAGCUCACAACUUGUACUAACCUUAAAGUCCAACUCAUCUUCAAUCCUUUUGAACCAGUUAGGAAAAAAAACAUACGAUUAUUUUAACUAGGACAUAUCAAAUUUUGGUCAUUCAACCGUGGGAGUCAAACAAAAGUUUUUAAGAUAUUUGUAAAAAUAGAAUUUUUGAAAUAGAGCCGUUUUUGGAUUGCAUGAAUUUUUAGAUUCUUGUAGUUGUCUGUGUAAUAUCUUCUAUUUUAUUGUGAGCGAUGUCAGAAUUUUUUAAUUUGUAAGUCGUAGAUGUGGAGAAGAAAUUAACUUUUUACAUUAACACAACAUUUACCUACUGGGUUCAUUUGAUGUCAAGUAAAAUUUGAACAACUUAAUGUCUCAGUCACUCAGGUCAAAAUGUCCAGAAGCUUUUAAGCAUUAUGGCAGUUUUCCUGUCAAUGUACAAAUGUUAGAUACUGCUGCAACUUAACAUAGCAUGGGAUGUCACUAGUGUAGAUGAAUUAAUAGCUAGGUUUGGCUUGUAAAAUAUUUUUCUAAAUUGUCCCUGCAAUUUUUUUUUGGUUCUUGACUAAUAAUAUGGCUAAGGAAGACAUUUUAAUCCUUUGGUAAGGCAAUUUUAUAGCUUUUACAUUAACCAAACAUUGAGAGUUUUUGACAUCUCAACCCGCGUAUCAAUUUCAGAUCUCUUUUAUAGGGAAAGUACUAGUAAAUGUUAAAAAAAACAAACACUUAAACGCAAAACCAUCUAACUGGGUACACGAGUAACCCUACUAGCCAGCAAUUUGAAAUUUUGGAAUGUUCAAUCUUAACUUGAAAGAAAAUAACAACAUGUGGGUUUAAAAGUAGACUGGGAUUCACAAUGUCUACUCAUUGACCAGAGUCAAAGUUUUAUAGAUUUUUUCUUUACAGAACUUGAUUUUUUGAUAUGAAAAAGACUAACAGGAACUACAGCACAAGUGAAGAUUGGACUUUACUUUUCUUAACUUACCAUUUUAUAAAUCGUAACAAGAAGGAAAAUGAACUAAUACUUGGUUGGUAUUUUCCCUCGAUAAGAGAAUAAUUGUAGUUAAAACUUCAAGCUCUAACCAGUUUGACUUGCCAACUACAACAUACAUGUAGAAAUUCCUGUAUAAAAGGGUGUAGAAAGUGGUGUUUGACAGUUUUUUAGUGUUUGGUGGUACGUAGUAUGUUAUAGGAACUAGUGAGUGCAUUGUGAUGAAAAUUAAAACUGCAACCAAAACUGUUUGAAAAAACUUGGCACAUCGCAAAAAAUUACCUUCUCAGGACAACUUUUGAUAUCAUAAAUGGAACAACUUAAUAUAACUAACUGAUGUUGGAAUGUACAGUAGGUAUUUGGGGCAAGGGAAGUGAAAAUAUCAAUUUAAUCCAACAGUUUUUCGCCUUUCAAAUUAUGUUCAUAGUGAGAUGUCUGACUUUAUGAAACAUGGUUCAGUAAGGGAUUUAGAAACAUUUUUUGCUAGGAAAUAAAUUUCCCUUUGUACCAAAUACUUGACAGUUCCAUGAACCAAUUUCAUUUUUUUAUUUGCUGCAAGUUGAUCGAUAUGUGAGUCAUUUGAGAAUUUGAUAGGAAAUUUUUCUCAAGUUGAAUAUACCCAUCUCUUGUAUGUUGAUUGUGAUGUUGUUGUUGUUACAUGUGUUAACAUUCAGUCUGUAUUGGUACAAAUCACACCUGCAAGGAAGGACCUGAUUUUUGUUGUAACAAUUAAAUGCUACAGUCUUAAUGGCAACCAAUAGUUUUAUUUAUUUUGCUCUGCUUUAGAUUUGCUUGGUCCUUGCUCAGUGCUAUGUAAAUAGUCCUUCCUGACUGUCCAUCAGAAUUAGUGGUUCAACCAAUGAGAGCAUGGUAAUUAACAGUUUGACCAAUGAGGUAGCUGCAUGCCUGUCAAUACUGGUGUGUCACCCAGAUUUGAGGACAAGGGCAGUGUACCAAGGUCCUGGCAUUUGGCCAUGAAAGAAAACAAACUGGUUCACGGACAAUGUUCAAUCCAUGAAAUCUUAGUUAACCCUUAUCCAGCUAUGUGUAGGCAAGCAUCCUUAGGGAAAUGGUUAACAAUGUAAAAAAUGUGCGAGACCAAAAAACAAGUGUUAGUCACAAUAAACCUAGAGUCAUGCACAGAUUUUUCUAGAAAUGCUUUUUUUUAGAGAAACAAAGUUGAACAGAAAGCAGUCAGCUGUCAUUUAGUCGAUUCUGAAAAAAAAGAACAUGCAAUGUGCUCUUGUGCUGUAUCGACACUUGGAUUGAGGCAACCAACGUACAAUGUAUUUUAAACAUCAAAUGUGACGAAAAACUACCUUGUUUUCGUACUGCUACAGUUUUCUAUAAAAUAGGAUCUUUAUCACUAGUACUAUUAACAAACAGCAAACAAUACAUUUAUACUGAUUAACAUUUGAUACACAGACUUUAUUAGUAAGAAUUUAUGGCCGUAUCUGUACCAUCUUUCGAAUACAGCUGCAAAUUGCUUUGGUGCUACUGGAAAUUGGUUAAUGUAUAUAUUUUCUCUCAGAAAAUGUGACCUUUGUAAUGUAAUGCACCGUGUAUUGUCUUUUGCAUUUAAUUAUGUAUACAUAACACUUAUUAUCCGGCCUUAUGAAAUAUGUUUAAUAGGAAGUAUUGUGAACUAAUAACAGAUUAUAGAUUUUGGAUUUUUUUUUUACAUUCGUACUGUAAAUCAGACCAAUUUGUAAGUAGAUGGAAGUUUUUGUGUGA